AUGACAGCGACGGUCCCGGGGCCAGGAGUAGGCUCGUGGACGCGCGACAGGUACCGGGGUGGUGGUGGUGGGGGCGGCGGCGGCGGCGCCCAGACGAUGGUGACUCGCGAGGUGCGGAUCAAGCAGGGCUGGCUGCAGGGCCUGGUGAUGGAGCUGCAGAGCCCGAACCUCGGCCCCGUGGACGCCUUCCUGGGCGUGCCGUACGCGCUGGCGCCCGUCGGCUCCAAGCGCUUCGUGCCGCCGUCGGCGCCGCCGCCGUGGGAGGGCCUGCGCGAGGCGUUCAGCUACGCGCCCGUCUGCCCGCAGCGGCCACCCAACAUGCAGGACGUCAGCGACGAGCGCUACAACUACCUCAAGCGCCUGCUGCCGUACCUCUCCAACACCAGCGAGGACUGCCUCUACCUCAACAUCUACGUCCCGCAGCAAGGUAGGCACGCGCUUUCGCACCACCGACUGCCGGGCACUUAA